AUGGUUAUUGUUCCGACAACAACUCUUUCGGCAAAGGAAAGCAGCCCGACAGCAAGUCCAAAUCCCUCUUCUACCUUGGUUAUGGAUCACCCAAUACAUUACGCGAAUCAAGGAAAUAAUGAUGAAUGCAACAAUGCUCCAAUUGGGUUUUCUGGAGGGUUUGGUCUGUUAUCGGGUAUUGUAGAUUCAGAGGAUAAUUUAACUCACCCUCCAGGUUUUUCAAAUUGUAAUAGUUUAGAUGGGUGUUUGAGUAAUUCUUACAAUAAAGGGUCUUUCUUAAGUGAGAUCCAAAAAAAAAAAACAUUAGUGAUGGGAAAAGCAAUGGGAUAUAACUUGGAGGGGUGUUAUGACCGAGUAAAAGAGCUUGUUGAAGGGAAUAGAGAUAAAAUGGUGUUGAGAUGA